UGGACAUCUGUCCUCAACAUAACCCAAACCUCCUCGCUUGUUACCCUGAGCUCUGCCAGCAGCUUAUUUGCGAGGAGUGGGGUGGGAGCGUGGGAUUCAGAGACUUCCUCUACUUCUUCCAAGCCCAGGAACCUGACCUAUUCAGGCUGUCCUCCCUGUGCAGUGGUGGGGUCCAAAGGAGCACCUGGUCUGUCACACAGCCAGCAGCAGAAAUUCGCUGUUUAUUUUCCCCGUAUUCUUAACUGGAGAAAAUGGCCAUGGACUUCAUGCAGUUGGACAUUCACAGUGUCUACACCUCCCCACAUCUCCCCAAGCAGUGUCAAGGGGUAUGGGUGAGAAAGGAAGAAAGAGAAAAACCAAACCAAAAGAGAGGCACAGUGCUUCCUGUAGUCCUUUCUCUUGCCCAGCCAUCGCUGGGCUGUGGCUUGGGUCCACCCCGGGAGCUUGUCUGAUCCAUUUUCUCUGCUUUCAGACACUCAUCCAAGAGGAAGGAUGGCCAGUGCCUUCUCGAAGUUGCUCACUGGCCGCAAUGCUUCUCUGUUACUUGCUACCAUGGGCACCAGUGCCCUAACCACUGGGUAUCUGCUGAACCGGCAGAACGUGCGGGCCGAGGCUCGGGAGCAACAUAGGCUGUUCCCGCCCAGCGCAGACUACCCUGAUCUGCGAAAGCACAACAACUGCAUGGCCGAGUGCCUCACCCCGGCCAUCUAUGCCAAGCUCCGCAACAAGGCAACGCCCAACGGCUACACCCUGGACCAGUGUAUCCAGACUGGAGUGGACAACCCUGGCCACCCCUUCAUCAAGACUGUGGGCAUGGUGGCUGGUGACGAGGAGUCGUAUGAGGUGUUUGCUGACCUUUUUGAUCCUGUCAUCAAACUAAGGCACAAUGGCUAUGACCCCAGGGUGAUGAAGCACCCCACGGAUCUGGACGCAUCCAAGAUCACCCAUGGGCAGUUUGAUGAGCGUUACGUGCUGUCCUCUCGGGUGCGCACAGGCCGCAGCAUCCGUGGGCUGAGCCUGCCACCUGCCUGCAGCCGGGCUGAGCGAAGGGAGGUGGAGAACGUGGCCAUCACGGCCCUGGAGGGCCUCAAAGGGGACCUGGCAGGCCGCUACUACAGGCUGUCCGAGAUGACUGAGCAAGACCAGCAGCGGCUCAUAGAUGACCACUUUCUAUUUGAUAAGCCAGUAUCCCCCUUACUAACAUGUGCUGGGAUGGCCCGUGACUGGCCAGAUGCCAGGGGAAUCUGGCAUAAUUAUGACAAGACCUUUCUCAUCUGGAUUAAUGAGGAAGACCACACCAGGGUAAUCUCUAUGGAAAAAGGAGGCAAUAUGAAAAGAGUAUUUGAGCGAUUCUGUCGUGGACUGAAAGAGGUGGAACGCUUAAUCCAAGCGCGAGGCUGGGAGUUCAUGUGGAAUGAGCGACUAGGAUAUAUUCUGACCUGCCCUUCGAACCUUGGCACAGGAUUACGGGCUGGUGUCCACGUUAGGAUCCCAAAGCUCAGCAAGGAUCCACGCUUCUCUAAGAUCCUGGAAAACCUGAGACUCCAGAAGCGUGGCACGGGUGGUGUGGACACGGCAGCGGUGGCGGACGUAUAUGAUAUUUCCAACAUAGAUCGAAUUGGUCGAUCAGAGGUUGAGCUUGUUCAGAUAGUCAUCGAUGGAGUCAACUACCUCGUGGAUUGUGAAAAGAAGCUGGAGAGAGGCCAGGAUAUUAAGGUCCCACCACCUCUGCCUCAGUUUGGCAGGAAGUGAACUUUUUGUUUUCCAAACUAUAAAUAAUCUGUCUGCUGGUAUGACAGACAUGAGGAAACUCUGAGAGUUUUUAUAAAAAAAUGUAAAAUUGUAUGUCCUAUCUUUAAAAUAAAACUCUCCUUAAUAUC